AUGAAUAUACUUACAUUGGUUUUUGUCACUGACUAUUUCAAAUGCGCUUUUCGUGCAUUAUAUCGUGUCGUCUUCAAUGUUUUCUUGCACCCUCUGUCCAUUUUUCCUGGUCCAAAGCACCUGGCGGCAUGUGGUUUCUUUCAUUCGUAUAACAAUCAGUUGAAAGUCGAAUGGUACAAGUACAUGCUGAAGGUUCACGACAAGUAUGGACCCAUCGUGCGCGUUGGUCCAGACCAUCUUGCGGUUGAUGGCAGUAUUGGUUGGUCCGAGGUUUUUGGCCACAAAAGAGCUGACCGCCAGGAAUUUGGACGGUAUCCCGGGUUUUACAGCCCUGGGAAAGACGACCCUAUCUAUUUGUUCUCAGCAGACCGAACAGGCCACCGAAGGCAGCGACGAUUAUUGUCGCACGCCUUCUCCGAUGCGUCCAUGUACGAACAAGAGGCCCUGAUCACAACCCAUAUCAACCUCCUCAUCUUCCGGUUGCACACCUUUGCCGAGCGGAAUGAGCCUCUCGACGCUGUCCAGUGGUACAGUUUUGCCACCUUUGACAUCAUCGGCGACCUAGCCUUUGGAGAGUCAUUCGGCUGCCUUGAAAACAACGAUUUGCACCCAUGGGUGGCCAACAUGUUCAAUACGGUCAAAGCAGCUCUCAUGAUACAGUUUCUAAAUCAAUAUCCUCUGUUGCGACCUUUCGGAAGAGUGUUGGGGAAGAAACUGUUGGCUCAGCGAAAGGAGCAUUCCGAGUUCGCAGCUGGAAGGGCCAAGCAAAGGCUGUCCCUAGAUCCAGCAACGAAUAGCCGCAAAGACUUUGUGACGUAUAUAUUGCGCCACAACGACGAGAAGGGAAUGAGCGAGGGUGAGAUCAUGGGCAACCUCAACAAGAUUAUCGUUGCUGGGAGUGAGACUACAGCAACCACGCUAUCGGCAUUGACGCUCACAGAGGAGAUAAGGCAGACAUUCUCCUCGGAGGAUCAAAUCACGAUGAGUUCGACCGCUCCCCUUUCUUACCUACAUGCGUGUCUCCAGGAAGGAUUGAGAAUUUACCCUCCUACUGCAGAAACCCCGCCGCGCGUGUCUCCUGGUGAUUUCAUUGCAGGAAAAUAUGUUCCUCAAGGAACCCGAAUAUCGAUAUACCAAUGGGCCUCAUACCAUUCCGCGCGUAAUUUCGUGAAGCCGUCGGAAUUCAAACCGGAACGCUGGCUACCACCAACGCAUCCUUAUCACGAUCCCGUUUUCAAUCACGACAACAAGGAUGCGUUCAAUGCCUUCUCAUACGGUCCACGUAAUUGCAUUGGGAAGAAUCUUGCUUACGCCGAGCUUAGGCUCAUUAUGACCCGUGUCCUCUGGAACUUUGAUAUUUCCUUAGUGGAUGGAUAUGAAAGUUGGACUGAGCACCACAAGGUCUUUAGCAUCUGGCAAAAGACCCCAUUAAUGGUUCGGCUCAGCCGUGUGGCAAGGUCGGAGAGUACGUAG